CAAGCCAUUCCAUUCCACCCACCGCACCGUUCGUAUGCACAGCUACACAGAAGAGGUUCGUCACACACACGUGGACACAUCGAUGCAUUCAUUGCAAAGGUACGUGUGUAUCGGUCAAAACUAAGUGCAUGGGAUGCGUCAGAGGGGGCCGCUAGCUAGCUGUGUCCAUACGACUGCUCUUGUCCUCCUUCCUGUCCACCCGGGGCACGCACCACCCACUCCAUCACCGUGCGGUCCUCCUUCUCUUCGCCUCCCUCUCCUCCACACCCUCAUCUGACACGUUCAUGUCCAUCCAUGAGGCACACAGUGAGUGCGUGUGUGUGUGUGUCACGCUGAUCUGGCUCACCCUCUUCGUCCUCCUGCUGCUGCUCUUGCUCGCCAUCGCCAUCGCCAUCGCCAUUGCUAUCCAUAUCUGCACACACACACGCGCGCGCAGGCAUACGAAUGCGCACACACACAUCCCCACCACUCACCCUCAUCGCUAUCGCCGUCAUCGUCAUCGUCAUCGUCACCACCAUCGUCUGCACCGUCCUCUGCACAACACACACACACACACACACGGAUUCAUCCGACACACCAAGACAGAGGCAGCCGGUCACACUCACCUCUAUCGUCUAACUCCACUUCAUGUUGGUUGACGACCAUGUCUGCGAUGGUGCUGCCCAGCAGGCCUCGCACCAGAGAGGGGGGUGGUGGGCCGGCGGUCCUUGAAGGCAUCAGAUGCACCACCCACCGGUGGCUCAAUGGUGAUGACACUAACAUCCACUGCAUUCAGUGAAACACCACACGUCAAAGGACGGCUCAAUUAACACAGAGGAUAUGCUAUCUUGUUCCCUCACCCAUGUCCGUGUCGGGGAAGAUAUACAGAGCGACCCAUGCGACGAAUGGCAUGUCGAACGGCGUCAGCAGCAGAGUCCGAAUCUCUACAGGGGGAUCCUCAUCCCACCUGCUCGCCGCAAUGGCGGUGCAUCCGUGAGGGGGCUGGUGGGGCGAGUGGUUGAGGAGGCCGUCCAGCACACCGCCGUGAGCAUGCCUGAGGAGACCAGCACAUGACAGAGGGAAGAGGCCGUGAUGGAUCGUUGUGUGUCUGCCUGAGUGUGGUGUGUCCUGCGUACCGGUCCACGGCAACGUAAGGCGUCCACCCAUCAUUGGCAUCUGGAGGGAUCAUGAUGGUCCUCAUGACGAACGCCGACGCCGAGGCAUAAGUGACCACCUCACCAGCCGCUGUCCAGCUGUCCCCCUGCAGGUCGAUUGUGGAUCUGACGGGCGGGUUGUCGUUGAUGGUGUGUGGGUGGUAUGGGUGGCCGGGGGAGGAGGGCGGGGUUGAUGUCCAGCUCGUAGCCCGGCUCGUCGCGGAGGGCCCGCACACCGCCGCCCGGCUGGUCGAACAGCUCAAAACGGCCGUGGUUGCCGCCGAAGUUGACGUGUCUGCCGACCACCUUCCACAGCGCAAUCACACGCGCAUCGGCCAAAUACGCCUACAAGGACACCACACACAGACCGACAGACCGAUGAGUGCCACCCACCCCACCCCUCGCUCUUCUGCCCACCUGUUUGCUAUCGUGACGGUCACAAUCCGCCACAUCGAGUGUGAUCGGCAGCUGACAGUAGCCCCUCUGAGCCGCAAACUUCAGCGCGUUGACCACCUCGGUCCACUGCUGUGUGUCGACCAGCCAGAUGGCCUUCAGCACGAGCUUGGUCUCCAGCUGCAAAGAGAAUGCGAUGAUGCCGUCCAGCUGUUUGGCCGCGAGGGAGCGCCCCAGCCGAGUGCGGAGGACGGCGGCCGACAAGUCUAUCUGCCUGAGGAAUGUCGCUGCGCAUCGGAGGCAGCCGACAUCCCUCUGUUCGUGGAAGGCAUGUCGCUCCUCGCGAUGGAUGAAAUCUAUCGCUUCGUUGCCUCUUGCCGGCGGGAUGGGCUGCCGGCUGCUGGGCACCGUCACAUCAUUCCCCAUCCUC